AGUUGUAAUUUUCAACACAGGUGUUAAGUAAACAUAAAAAGAAAAGUACAAGGAGACAAACAAGGAGAAAAUUAAGUUACGAUUUUACAAUUUAUCAACCAACAGAAAAUGUGCAGCACAGUGUAACAGCAUAUAUCGCCAUCACCCAAGACAUAAGAUACUAUUGCUAGGACAGAUGUGAAGCACAGCCUGUUCGACAAAGUGCACGUAUGUCUGCCGAGGCUUGCCGUAGUGACGUUGAUAAUUAUGCUAAUUUAUGCGUCAAGCGCGUACAACCAUCUGCGCAUGCGGGCAGGAAAUGACGUAAUAAAAAUAAGCUCUCGGAGGGAGUAAGGCAGUGACAUUACAACAAGCUGCCGCGAACGUUUCCGUGUUUUCAGCAUCAGCAUCCGAGACAGGAGACACUUUUGCCUAAGUGUUUAUCAUUAAUGUCUAGUCUGUAUAUUUAGUCAGUAAUAACAGGGGUGUAUGACUUGUGUCCGAGCGCUUUGGACACUUAAAACUACCAGGCAGCCGGGAAAAAGUUGUGUUCAACUUCCCACUUCGGAGUUGUUGCCGAGUCUUCCUCAGUCGCGUUUUUCCCUCCAAUAAGUUUCCAAAGUGACUUAAAGAUGAGGCGUGGAGGGACCAGCGACAACGAAGGAACAACGCGGCAAAACGGCUCCUCUCACCGGAGCCGAGGGGAGCAGGAGAACGGCGAGUCCGUCGACGAAGCGGGGAUGGACUCAGACGACCAGCAAGACGGCAACGAUCCAGUCGUGAGGAGGACAAUUCGGAUCAAAUACAGGGAACUCUUGAACUCAAUUCAACAGGACCGAGACGAGAUACUCAACGAAACCAACAAUAAACUGACAGAGGUCCUUCAAGAGGCCAACGAGCUCUUUAAAUCUGUGCGACAAACUCGGGAAGCUGCGAUGGAUACUCAGCUUCUUGUUGUGGCGUCGGAGCUAGGGAAGGAGAAAGCCAUGCACCUGCUUGCAGAUGGUUCCACCUUCGACACUGUCACUUUCACGCAACACCUUUUGACCUUCAUGGGUCUGAACCGACUGGAGAACAUUGAAGAAGAUGAUGCGUCUGGUGAGGACACCGCUGACGGUUACCUGCCUUCAGACGCCUGGACACGAGUCACUAGGAGAGCUGAGCGCUGUUUCAGUAGAACACCGACCUUCCAUUACAUGAUGGGCUCCUUUCAUGCUGAUCCUCCACCAGCAAAGCAGCGAAUUGAACGACAAAGAAAAGCCCCUUCAAAAGAGACAAAAAGAAUCAUGCCCACGCAGCUGAAAAAGAUGGGAGAGUCGCACCAAGAGGCAACAGAGAAAGAGGUGGAGCGAAUUCUGGGUUACCUCAAGAGCUACUUUCAGGGGAAUCCAACAACUCCAAUCCCCUACUAUGAAUUUGUGAUCAACCCCACAUCCUUCUCCCUCACAGUAGAGAAUAUAUUUCAUACCUCCUUUCUCAUCAGGGACGGUUUGGCCCGGCUUUAUCUCGAUGGAGACAAACUGCCUUGUAUUGCCCCGGUGGAAAAUGACGACGGUGUAGAAUCUGCGACUCGUGCACAAUCCAUUGUUUCGAUCAACCAGAAGAUGUGGAAGGAGCUGAUCCUUGCCUAUGAUAUCAAGGAGCCAAUGAUCCCAGAGAACGACUGAUGUGUUUGAGCAACCGGCUGUCAGAUAUUCCUUUCUACAUUGUUCAUUUGUGUAUAAAUGUUUGAAUGUUAUAGAGUUUAAUAAAAAAGGC